AUGGAAUGUCCACUCAGAGGCUUGGAACGCUUGGAGUGGGAGACAGGCUGACGUCAUCUCGCUGUGGCCACCGGGUGUUCGUGCUGACUGUGCAGCGUGGCUGAGGAUCCCGCAGUGAUGCCUAUGUACAAAGUGCAGCCGUUCGGCGGCGGGGAGGUGCAGAUCGACCUACCUACCUGUAUGUACCGAGUGCCCAACGUGCACCAGGCCCCCUCCCAGCAUCAGGAUGGACAGGUACUGGAUGGGGGGCAGCCAGGCUGGACCCCCAGGCCUUCUGUGCUAUUUCUGUCAUUGUGUGUAAGCUUAUCCUCAAAUACCUCCCUGAUCUGUGUCAGCUUACAAAAUACCACUGUUAAUAAUAACCUAAAAAAAAAUAUAUUUAAUGGCCACUAUUAAUAAACAUUUAUUAUUACAGGGUAUUUAAUAAUUUCUCUUUUUUAGUAGAUAUUUCUGCUGCAGAUGAAUAAUUUCUACAGUUCUGUACACAAAAUCUUUUAAUAUGUCCACUAUCUUAGACACAUUUCCACCCAGUAACAGAUGGCGUUUAAUAAUGCAGUGGGUUUUUUUUUUUUUAUUUUUUAUAUAUAUAUAUAUAUAUAUAUAUUAUUUUUAUUUUUUUUGUAAUAGGAUACCACUCCUACAGAGAUGGGUUACCAUUCCUAAAUCUUCCUCAAACUGUAGUAUUUGUUACCAGAUAAUUUGUGCUAAAGUAGUUAAAUAAUAUCACGUGUGUUAAAUAGAUUUAUUGAUUCAACAGGGCUAUUUAUUUAAGUGUAACAUUGUCAGGUCUUAACACAAAUAGAAUUUUAGAAUAUAUAACAACAUUUUAGAUUUUAGGAAAACUAGAUUAACUGAAAUAUAUUUUUUUACAUAUAAUUUGGCUUAAAAUUUUAAAUACACUUUGAUUUCCCUGAAAAUAAUACUAUUAGGAGUAACAUUGUUGGUAUUGAACUGACACUUACGUCAUGUUUCAUGUAUAUUUUUUAAAGAAGCUGUGCUACAUCAGUUUGACUCCAUUUUAAAAGGGGGUUUGUGUAUUUGACAGAUGGCUAUAUCAGGGUGGGUAAAAUCUCGCCCUGUCCAGUAGAAAUUUGAACCCUGGCAACUGUGUCCUGGAUCGUCCAAGCAUUCUUUGAAAAGUAACUUUUAAAGCCUUUCUAGUAGUGUAAGAGUUGAGAUUUGAAGCCCUACCAUCAAAGGAACAUCAAUAGUGUCAGAUUGGGACUAAGAAUAUCUGUAUACAAAUUCUGUGUCUAAAAUAUGCCUGUAUUCUAGAAUGUUGAGUAUCACGAGGCCCUAGCAGGAAGUGUAUGUGAAUAAAUGGAAGCUAAUGGGGGAAAUCCUUGUAUUUUUUUUUCUUUCAAUGAAUGAUUAACUCUGAGAUGUUAGAGGACACAUUCAAUCAUUUUUAUAGUGAAUGAAACACUAGCAUUCAUGCACAUGUUUUACAAAUAGAUAAUUAUGGGAGGUCCAGGAUUGUGUGAAAGUCUGGUUAUUUUGCGCCUGAGGAUGACCUCAAUAAAGAAUAAGCAGGGCCAAUGUAUUUCUCUAAAAUAAUGCAGAUUUAGUGCGAACAUAUAUUUUGCCACGGGCUAAGGAGUUGCUGGACAACAUUCCAACAGUGCAAAUUUUAAAAUGAUUUCAACUUCAGCAAAGGUUUAUCACAAAUGGAUGCUUAUUCAUUUUGUUAAAUAAUGUCUGAAAGUAGGGAUCUCAUUAUAAAUGUUACAAGAGUAAGGAUCAUUAAAGCCUUUAUAUAAAAACAAAUUCCUCUUCCUUCCUUUUUUUUUACAGUUGUGUCCAUCACUAUGAUUUAUUUAUUUUUAUUUUCACUAUAUCUACUUGCCCUCCGUCUCUAUUUUGACUCCCUUACGCCCCUUUUACAGACAUGUGACACCCUUUCCUCUGUUCUUGCUGUUUGCUUCUAUUUGUCACGGUUGCUUCCCUGCCUAUGUAUCUAAUGUGGAUGCUUUGUGCCAUUAGUUACCCAGUUCCGCUGGCUUUUGUUUAGAUCUGGACUUCCAUUCCUGUCACUGCUAUAAACACUAGAGAAUGAUACACAUUUGCUAUAAGCAUUUAUGCACACUGUUGCCAAUUAGCUCUGGUCUGUGGUGGGUUUGCUGAGCCACUGUGGUGAUCUCUAGGUGCAUGGGCACAUUACGCUUGGUUUUGCCUGCAAGUUGAUAAAAUGCCACCCACAGCUCCCCUUCAUGUGGGGCUUGAACAAUUCUUUGAGCAAUGCCCUUAUUUGUCUUGUGUUGUUGAAGAAGGACCUAUUAGUAUGUUGCUCAUGCAGAGCACAUAAUGAAACCCUGGUAAUGAUCCAUUUUAAUAUAUAUAUUAGAAUAUGUAUGUCUGUGUUAUUGGCAGCACAGGAUUAGUGCCUUGCACCUAUUUCUGUUUGAAAUAUUGCUAAGAUCAUGUUUUAGUUAGGUGAAUAUCAGGUUGUGAGGGAGUCACUGAUGUUAUUUGUAGAUCUUACUGUAGUCUCAUUAAACCGAUGCAGGAAUGGAAAUUAUUUGUUCAGCAUUUCAAAGCAAAAAGGCUACACAUACAGACUCUAGGCACCAUAACCACUUCAUAUAUAUUACGUUGUUAUGGUACUUGGAGUAACCCUUAAAAGGGGAAAUGUCACCAUCUGGGGACUUUGUAUAAUUUGCAAAAUCGCAGACGGUGACAUCACCAUUGUGAGGUGGGGGACAAGGCAAAGAUCAGUAUUACUUACCUGAACCUGUCCCUCGCAGGCGUCGCCAUCCUCUUACUGCCGUUCCUGCCAUGAGCAUGCAUAGAUAAUUUCCUUGCAACUGUCACUGAUGAUGGCUGGGGGAAAUGAUACAGCUUGAUGGCGAUUGUUCGGCCUAGUGUCAAGAAGUGUCAGGCGAAGGGAUAUUACUGAGACAAAGUAAUCCCUUCUUUGUCCCACCAUACCGAUGACUGGGUGGAAUGAAAUUCCAACACAGUCAAUAUUUGUAUUGUAUAAAGAAUCUAUCUUUUUGAAAUGCCGCUUUAAAUAUAGCCACAAUCGUGCAUGUCUAAUGAUUGAUUUGUGGCCUGUUUUGCAGUGGGAACUAACCAGUGUUUGUGUGCACAGUUUAGAACACCCAGACCCCCAUUAUUUACCCAGCCACACCAGUGUAGAAUGGUUGAGUUGGUAGGUAGCAACUGAACUGCAAGAGACUGAUCCAAAUGUCAACAGUAAUUCACAAAUCUGCAUGUAGGGUGUUACAGGUUGAUGAAACGAAAGUGAAUCAAUAGUCUGUUUGCAGCUGACAUGAGAGGGUUGCUUAGAUUCUUAUCCUAACUGGUAUUUCAAGCUAUGUCAAUGGAUAAGAGAGUUAAUUACAUUGUAUGUAGCCAGUCUUAGUUCAGCAACAGAGUUUGUCAUCUGUAUCUGAAUUAAAGGGACUUUAUGUGCAGGAAUUGAUCUCAAUUUGAUAUGAAUUUUUAUAUAUAUAUAUAUAUAUAUAUAUAUAUCUCUAUCUCACAAAAUAAUAAGCAACUGAAAAAAAAAAGUUCAAAAAAACUGCAAAACAAAGCAAGUUGACAAACACCUCAGUGACUGUUAAUCAGACAGCCAGGGAGGUUAUCUUCCUAACUCCGUAAGCUUCAUGGAGCUAACGGAAGUAACUAGAGCGCAUUUACCUUCUCCCGCAAGUGAAAGUGUGCUUUAUAGCUGGUGCAAUUUUUGCACAUUGCUGCAUACAGUAUCGACCAAUAUCGUUUUGUUGGGGUUUUUUUUAGAGCCGAUACUGAUAAUCUAUGAAUUUUUAGGCCAAUAGCCGAUAAUUUACCGAUAAUCUGUUCAUUUACUAGUUAAAAAAAACAAACGAUUUCUACACAAAUCUAAUGUUUACAGAACAUGUUUAUAAUUUAUUUACUUUUGCAAAUUUUUUUUAUUAAGUUUGUAAAUGCACAAAAUAUACAUGCCAGUCAGAUUUUUUUCUUAACAAGAAUAUUUAGUGUACCUCUCCCAUCCAUUCCCUGUACCUUAGUGUACCUCUCCCCUCCCUUCCCUUCCCUGUCCCUUAGUGUACCUCUCCCCUCCCUUCCCUUCCCUGUCCCUUAGUGUACCUCUUCCCUCCCUUCCCUGUCCCUUAUUGUACCUCUCCCCUCCCUUCCCUGUCUCUUAGUGUACCUCUCCCUCCCCUCCCUUCCCUGUCCCUUAGUGUACCUCUCCCCUCCCCUCCCUUCCCUGUCCCUUAGUGUACCUCUCCCCUCCCUUCCCUGUCCCUUAGUGUACCUCUUCCCUGUCCCUUAGUAUACCUCUCCCCUCCCUUCCCUGUCCCUUAGUGUACCUCUUCCCUCCCUUCCCUGUUCCUCAGUGGUCCUCUACCUCCUCCUCUCUUACUUCCUGUCCUUUAGUGUGUCCACCCUCCUUCCUUAGUGGUCCUCUCCCCUCCCUGGUGUGCCUCAUUAUCUCUCUUGUAGAGUGGCCGAGUGCAGAGGAUCGCGGUACUGGAGCUUCAGUUUCCUCUCUCAGUGAGCACUUCCUGUCAGUCCAGCCGGUUACAGGAAACUGAAGCUACUGUUCUGCUCUGCUCAACCACGCUUCACUAACAGGUAACAGGUAGGGGGGAGCACUGUGUGUUGCCUUCCUGGCAGUCACUCCAUUCUUGCGCCCCCAGAGCCGGUGCACCCUAAGACGGCCGCCUUAGGGACACGUCGGCCCUGCGUACACUGGGCCACUGCCGCCUCUCACAUUAUCGACAAUCUUGGUAUCAAUAAUGGCUGAUACUGAUAUUUGCCAAAAUACGAAAUAUCGGCCGAACCGAUUAUCUGUCUAUCCCUACUAUCUUUGCAAUGAGGCAAUGGUUUAAUGAUGCUUGACAAAUUAAAGCAGGUAUUGAAUUCAGAUAGAUCUGGGAGAUGAAUGCCAUCAGCAUCUGGGUAGACGGGGAGGGCGCAGAGUUUGAGAUCCCUGUUUUAAAAGAAACCAGACAUGCAGAUAAACCUUGUGGCCAGUGUCCAUAAAGCGAAUGUAGCGCAUAUGAAUAACUUACAGUGUGCCUGGAGACACCGUUACUCAGGUUUACACAUUGUUACUCUGUCCAUUUCAAUCUUUCUUGCUUCCUGCCAUUCUGGUGAUCAGUCGUCUCUAUCUUGUCCUAAUGGCUGUAUAUAGAUAAAUGUAUUGAUUGGGGCUGCUGGCUUUGUUCAGCUAUUGUAGGUAGGAAUGUAGACUGCUGAACUUCAAAGAUCAAUGCAAGAGCUUUCACAGGCAUAGGAGGAAAUGUGUGGCGGACCCCAUGUAAGUUGUCAAACAUUCUCUAACAGUUUGACUACUUGAUCUGGGAGGGUGCCAGAGCUGUAGUGGUACUGUUGCUUGAAGAUCUCCUUUAAGGUGUUAAAGCAUUUCUGAACAACACAUAAAGUAUAAUUAUAUUAACAUUUCAAAGCAGUAUUUGGCACACCUGGUACUUACACUGAUGAGCCACAACAUUAAAACCACUGACAGGUGAAGUGAAUAAUAUUGAUUUUAUUGUUACACUUGCACCUGUCAAGGGAUGGGGGAUAUAUUGGGUAGCUAGUGUACAGUCAGUCCUUGAAUUUCAAGUGUUGGAAGCAGAAAAAAAUGGGCAAGCGAAAAGAUCUGAGUGACUUUGACAAGGACCAAAUAGUGAUGGCUAGACAAAUGGGUCAGAGCAUUUCCAAAACGACAAGUCUUGUGGGGUGUUUUCAGAAUGCAGUGGUUAGCAAAUACCAAAAAUGGUGGAAGGAAGUAAAAUUGGUGAGCUGGUGUCAGCAUCAUGGGUGCCCAUAGCUCAUUUGUGCAGAUAUGGAGUGAAGGCUACCCUGUCUGUUCUGAUCACACAGAAAAGCUACUCUAGCUCAAACUGCUAAAAAACAAAAACAAUGCCGGCCAUGAUAGAAAGGUGUCAGAACACAAAGUGCAUCGUCGUUUACUGUGUAUGGGGCUGCGUAGCUGCAGACCAGUCAGGGUACCGAUGAUGACCCCUGUCACCACCAAAAGCACCUUUAAUGGAAACGUGAGUGUCAGAACUGGAUCAUGGACUAAGGCUGGUCUGAUGAAUGACGUUUUCUUUUAGACCAGGUGGAUGACCAGGUAUGUGUAUUGUGGAGUCCAUGCCUCGAUGCAUCAGAGCUGUUUUGGCAGGUUUGACACGAUGUUGGGCAGGUGGAUUUAAUGUUGUGGCUGAUCAGUGUAAAACGAUAAAAUGGACUUUACAUUUUACUUUAUUUUUUUUUAAUUAUCAUAAUUUUAGUUUUCUGCAUAUUUUAGGAGUCUGACCCAGCUCUACAGGUUCUGGAAUCCCGUCAGGAAGACAUAUUAAAACGGUUGUAUGAACUGAAAGCUGCGGUCGAUGGGCUUUCAAAGAUGAUCCAAACACCCGAUGCUGACUUGGACGUGACAGACAUCAUUCAGGCCGAUGAAAGGGCAGCCCCAGCCUCCAGUGUUGCUGACCUGGACUUUAUUCUUGGAAAGGUAAGUCCAGAGCUGUACAAUAAAGAUGUAUUUAUUUAUCAGUUCUAAGAUACCUCUUGCAUGUAUAAAAAUAUAUAUAUAUAUGAAAGGAAUGCAGUACCUGUUGGGUCGCAGGAGCAGGUGAUUAGCUACUGAGUUUAGCUCAAAAUUGGAUCGGGAUCACCAAUUCCUGUAAAUGCACGAUUAGAGAAACUAGUGGAAAACCCAGGAGCGAAUACUCAGACUAAAAAGGGAAAUACAAUAAAAAAUAAAUAAAAUUAAAUAAAGAUAUGGGAAGGGAGGGGGGAAAAAAGAAAAGAAACUCAAUAAAACAUAAAACUAAUGUCAUAAAAUAGUACAUGGAAAAAUCACAAUACUGGGUAUAUUAAGCAUGCAUAUUAAAAGCCAGCUUAAUUAAUACCUCAAUAACCAAAAAAGAAAUAAUAUAAAUAAAAUAUCUAAUCGAUAAAAAGUCUAAUUGUGCAAUAAGUCCAAUAAAUGAGUCCUUAAAACAAUUUGGCAAGGAUGUCUGAAUGCUACCAUAACCUUAUUGGAGGUGGCAGUCGGGCAGCCCAAAAAUAAAGCUGACCUGAAACAGACCCACUUGCUAUAACUGUAUAGCACUCUGUGUGAAGACAAACAGGCGAGUACAGUCAACCAGUAUUGCAGUCCAAUACAGUGUAAUCCAAAUGCAUGAAUUCAAUAAAAUUCCACUUGGAGGCUUGAAAUACCCGCAAUGAAAAAAAGUAGUUUUCCUAUUUCCUAAACUCUGGAUUUCCUAUCCAGAAAUGAAUGUCCUAUUCCUGGUAUAGUCUCCCUCCAGAGAACUAGACCCUGCUGUUAUGUCUUGUGCUUUGUCUGUGAAAUUCACUGUAUGUUUGCUUUCUGCUUGCAGGACUACGGAGCACUGAGGGACAUUGUUAUCAAUGCAAACCCAUCUGUGCCCCCUCUCUCCCUGCUGAUUCUUCAUAGUAUGCUGUGUGAGCGGUAUACGGUGCUGUCAACAGUCCACACGCACUCCUCAGUCUCUAACAUACCAGAGCCCUUACUGAAAUGCUUUGGAGAUCAGGUCCAUAAGAAAUCUCGACAGGAAUACCAGCUUGGCUUUACACUUAUCUGGAAAGAUGGUAAGCGACCUUACAUGACAUCGAGCUUUUAAUGCUUAUAAUGUACCCCUGUUGCAUCAUGGGUAGCCCCAUAGUUGCUGAACUACAAUUCCCAUGAUUACCCACUUGCCUUGUACUUACCAGAGCUAUGUGUAUUUGAUAUGUCGUUUGAGAGGCUGAAAACUUUCUGCCUGAUACUCCAGACAUUAUUUAGAUCUGCAUAACCAGCCAUCAUUGUUUAAUGAAAUAUUCGGAAAAUGUGUCUACCCAAAGAAGCUCUGAGCCAGAGCAAGCUGUAUCAAAACUGUGACUGUCAAAGAAAAAAAAUGCCCUUUAACUUUGUUAGUGCUUGAAGUAUGCGAGGAUGUCCCAGGUGCGUUCUUACCUUUUAGGGAUUACAUUGUUAACAAAUGCCCCUUCACUUUCUCAGACGGUCCGAGGCUUCAAUCGGGAAUCAUCAGCUGACACUUUCAGCCUAUCGGCUAUACCCGAACCACUGACUGAAGUGGAAUGUCACCCUUUUCCAGACUUUGAGGGUAAACCAUUCAUUAAGGGAUGGUUCUCUGCGCCAGCAAGCUAUAAUACAUAUGCACAGAUUUAACAUUAGCCGUCCCAGCUCUACAUUGGGUAAUGAUGGUGCAGAGUUUAAUACUGAAACCCUGCACAUUCUGACUGCAAGCACUAUGACCACUUAAAAUCAGUGACCUGCUCAUGGUGCUUGGAGUAACCCUAACUGAAUACUGAAGCAGGCUUCAAAGUUUUAUUUUACUUCUGCUUCAGUGAUUGGCGCAAAUGUUAAAACAAUGCUGCCACAGAAUAGGUGGGUAGUUUGUUUUACGCUCCCUAGCCAGCUGGCUAAUUGAGGUACUUGUAGAUGACGUCGUAGCAUCCUAACCGCUCAAUCACAGGAAAUCCUGAAGGCGAACUCAGUGAGAGACCCUCAUCCAUACAUGUAAUCUGUACAAUCCCAAUUCGUCUCCCCUUCUAUAUUUCAUGUGUAAAUUAGUCUUCCCUGCAGUUAGUGAUUGUAAGCGAAUGGACCAGGCCUGCAAAUGGGUUCGUUCCUCCUAAAGAUCUACUUAAAGUGGGGUGACAUACAUGCCAUUUCUUCUUCAUGCUUGUUCUUCAGCCAAAUAUUUGUAUAGAUAAUAUGAAUUUUUGGUUUUAAUAUAAAACGUUUUCUUUUUAGUGCCCAAACCACAGAUGAAAUUCAGCAUCCAGAACAUGUGUCCAAUCGAAGGUGAAGGGAACAUCGCUCGAUUCCUAUUCUCUCUCUUCGGGCACUCCUUUAAUGCAGUCACUGCAACAUUGAUAGACAGCUGGGUCGAUACUGCAAUUUUUCAGCUCCGGGAUGGAAGCAGCAAAGAGAAGGCUGCCGUUCUGAGAGCCCUGAGCACAGCCCUGGGCAAGUCUCCCUGGCUAGUAGGCAACGAACUGACUAUAGCCGAUAUCAUUAGUUGGUGCGCCAUUCAGCAAUCUGGCAACUCCACUGCUCUCCCACCCAAUGUCCAGAAGUGGAUGAAGUCUUGUGAAAAUCUUACAUCCUUCAAGGCGGCUCUUAAACUCCUUAAGUAACCAAAUUAAAGUGGUGACCACUGCAGGUUCCUAAUUUAACAAUACAAUGCCUGUCUAGACCUUUUUACCAAGUGGAUUGCAUGUAGACCCUUGCAGUUAUUUGUGUAUUGCAUUCAGAAUGAAGUCAACCAACUUCACAAGGUGCCUUUUAUAAAAAACCCAAACUGUUUAUAUUGGCAUAUACUAUAAAAAAAGUAAAAAAAUUUACCCAUUCUGGAUUUUUUUUUUUUUUUCCACAUUUAGUUCUGCAAGGCUUUUUGCCUUCAUUAUACGAGAAAUGUGAAGUACAUUGCCAGUUGUCCUGACCUUAUUCUAAUGCAGAAGCUUGAUAUGUUAUGAAUAGGAACAUAGAAUAUGUAAUAUUCUACAAAGACAAUAAUAUAAGGAAGAGAUAUGUGUUGGCAGUACAAUAUCAUUCUGCCUCGUCAAUAAAACUGAAAAUCCAUUCCUUUCCUUUACUCUUACUUUCAUAUAAAACCCAGAGUGUGUCCCCCAUCUCACUCUAUUUUUUUUACUCCCUUAUUCUAUCAGUAUUUCUCCACAUUCACCCGAUUUCAUUGUUCAAGGUGAGUGGCUAACACCAUCAGUAGUUAUGGUGUGGUCCCAUGUCAGGAAUCCUCAUGCAAUAUAAUCCCCUAAGUAAGUUUCCUUGGAGAAGGGGUUCCCAACCCACAAAGAAAAUCAGUUCAAGAAUUAGGUUUCCCUGUUGCGUUGAGGACCCUUAUAAAACCUGCACUAUCUGAGGGGUGGGAACAACUCUCUAACAAGACUACAGUGUGAUAUCAAAAUAACAGUUGCCAUUUCCCCCACGGGAGCAGAAGUACUUAUUAGCAGCUAAUGUUUAAGAUAUGUACUCCAUAUCAGUUAAGUUUAACCAUUAGUGAUAUGUUCUCACACUGUGAUGGAAGUCUUCCAAUCAGAAGGAGCAUACUUAAGAGUACAGGUGGAAGAAAUCGAUCACAAAGUGUGGUCAUCUUCUAACAACCCUAAGAACAAUGGCUGAAAUUUUGUGAAAUAUAACGGUUGGUAUCACAUUUAGAAAUCCAAAUUAAUGUAUUUGUGGAUAAAAUGUACUUUGCAAUAAAACACAUUCUUUAACUUUUUUUCUGGCACAGUAGGCAGGUUGACUCUAACUGGAAGAUUCUUGUGAAUAAUAGAUACUAGCUGCUAAAUAGAAGUGAUAGAUUUGGAGAGCGUAACAAGAUUAAAUGGAAUAACCUCCUACAACUUGCAUAUGUCCCCUGACUAUGUUAGGAAUUGAAACAUAGAUAUGGCACUCAUAACAAGCACAACAAUCCAGAGUGAUCACCCCUACACAGAUUAUGUGCAAGACUCGAGAGAUGCUAUAAUGCAGUGCAGGUUCAUAUUAGACCCAGUUCUAGAGCUUUUCCAUAUUUAAAUUGAAGAUUGUCUAAAAGACUUUACUUUGUACAAACUUUAUUACACAAUAAAACAAUCAUUUAAGAUAGGGGGAAAAAAAAUAGUAACUUUUUCCCUCCUCAUCUUUAAAGAGAAAGGGCAGCUAAUUACCUGGUAGAUUGUAAUUUUGAGUGUCAACAUCUAUUUGUGAGAAGCCUUAUCACCCAAUAUGGACAGUGAGAUAAGCGGUUAAAUUUUUUUAUGCCAAAGUGAAGUACUAGAAAAAGAUACUAACUUGACAUGGUAAGUAAGAUACUGUGCCACAGGUUUAUCUGCUUGGACUAGAGAACUGGCUCUGUUUAUGUGUGUUGCCACGGCAAAGCUGUAUUCACAUAUAGGAUAGUGCGUUUGGGUGGAUUGUAGGGGAUGCUGGGGUGAGAGUCAGACAUCUAUAUGGUCACACUGGAUGUAGGUCAUAUUUUUACUUAUGUGAAUUUUACAUUCACUACUAGCCUAAGAAUCUAUAAACCAAGUCACUUUUAUAGACCAUUCCUGAAGCAAAAUAAAUUGUUAGCGUAAGAGUUUCUGCCUUGACGUAGCCAGUAAGCGUACACUUUAAUGGCCAUUGGAGUGAUACUUCCAGUUAUUUAGAUGUGCAUAGGGAUUUGGGAUUGUUCGAAGUAACCUUUUCUUUUUGUUCUAUGUAUUAGGACUGAUGUGUACUAUAGUAAUAGCUGCCGCCCAGUUGUAGUGGAAGUUUGAGCGCAUGGCUUAAUUUUGUAUGUUUGUAUACCCCAAAAUGGCUUCAUUAAGCUAAAGUUGUUUUGGUGCUUAGAAUAUCCCUUUAAAAAUGUUUGUUGGACCAAAAUAGAACCAAUUAAUGAAAACCAGACACACCAGAUUUGCAUAAAUAAAGUUUAUUAUACUAAAAUACAUCAAAACACAGGUAAGGGAACUGUUUGGCAAGAAUUUUUGUACUGUAAUUUACAGAAUAAUUAAACUGCUGUGUCUUUGAUACCAGUACGUUCCCUUGAGGUUGAGGACAAAGUCUGUUCUUGCAGCAUCUGUUUUAAUUUUGCAUUUUCUUCUUCCAGGUCAAGCACCUUUUUCCUCAGAUCCUGAAUCACCUGCCAAAAGUACAGAGUGUUGGUUUUUAAGGAGUCUUGUAUUAUCAGGGUUACUCCAAACACCAUGACCAGUGAUUUGAAGUGGUCAUGGUGCCUGGAGUCUGUAUUUGGGAAUUUAAAACCCUCUGCUGUUGCAUGUGUAACUCUGGUAACAUCAUUGGUAAUAUCGCAGAAUGUCAGCUGACCCCCUGUCAGAGAAUGGUGACUGUCGCAGCUCUGCAGAAACCAGAAGAACGUGACCGGACCACCAGUGAGCAUCAGAGCCUAGUUAAGGGGGCACACCUUUUCUAAGCAGUUUCCCCCAUUAUUGGAGAACCAGGCCAAGGUACUCCUCACAUCAUAACAGUGGGCUGUAGUGGUUGUGAUAAUUGGAAUAACCCUUUAAUAAUUAUUAGGAAAAUAUAGAGAUUUAUUCACUAAGCAGAAUGCUUUGAUCAGCUGACAAAUUUGUAGAGGGUAACACAAUAAGUUAAGAUUGUACACCAAGUAUAAUUUUAAUAAACACUAAGUACCAUAACCACUAUAGACUCCUGUAGUGUUAAUGGUGUCAGGAGUACCCUGGCACCGUCCCAGUGUUAGUAGCCAAUAUUAGACAAAUAUAGGAUAUCCACUGGGCUAAUGUCACAGAUUCCCAUUGAGCGGAAAGCUGCUACAAUCCUAAUCCCUGCAAUACGGCUGGCUCAUAGAGUGUUUGCUGAUGAGCUCCGUUUUGCACUGCAAGGCUCAGCUCAAGGCAGAAGCAUUCCGCCCCGGAUAAGGUGGCUGUCGGUGACCAGCAUACCCCAGCUAAGCUGUUUACUCUGGAAGGUCAUCAGGAAAAACCUAGCACCAAAACCACUACAUUACAGCAGGUUUCUCCCGUCACAAUGCAGACACAAUACAUUUUAUUAAAGGGAAACACCCGGGCAACUAUAACUAUUUCAUUGAAUUGAUUACAGUGUCUAGAGUUCACUAGCGCUGUCCCUCCAUACAGUGUUUAACCAUUUUUGAGCAGUUUAAAGUGACACUAUAAUCACCAGAACAACUACAGCUUAUUGAAUUUGUUCUGGUGAGUAGAAUCAUUACUUUCAGGCUUUUUGCUGUAAACACUGUCUUUUCAGAAAAAAAUGCAGCAUUUACAUUACAGCCUAGUGAUAACUUCACUGGCCACUCCUCAGAUGGCUGCUAGAGGUUCUUCCGGGGCAGUGCUGCACAGGGAGCAGCACUGCCAUUCAAUGUCUCCACCCUCUGCAUGCAGACACUGAACUUUCCUCAGAGAUGUAUUGAUUAAAUUAAUCUCUAUGAGGAGAUGCUGAUUGACCAGGGCUGUGUUUGACUGAUACUGGCUCUGCCCCCUUGACAGUCUCAGCCAAUCCUAUGGGGAAGCAUUGUGAUUGUCUCAUGCCACCACUUCUGAUGAUGUCAGAGGCAGAGCCAGCUGCAGCAGCAGACUUGAAUACAAGUAAGAUUUUAUGAUGUGAGAGGGGGGAUGGGUGGUUAGCUCAGGGGGCUAGAUGGUGGUGGUUUAACAUUCUAGGGUCAGGAAUACAGGUCUGUGUUCCUGACCCUAUAGUGUUCCUUUAACAUUGAGGGUCACCCACAGUCUGGACUCUACUGAAGAUAUGAGAGAUAACAUUCUUCCUUAGAUAUACUAAUUCAUACUAGUUACGGGUGAUGUGAUAGGCUGAAAGCACAGAGCUGGCAAUCUCAGCCAAACACUGUGAUUUUUAGGCAGUUCGAUCCAUGAGCACGAUUCUGAGAUACUUACAUUUUUCUCACCAUAGAACAGGUCACUUUCCAGAAGUUGUGAAGCAGAUGGACGCGUUGCGCAGUCUGCACUGGUCAGAAGUUUGAUGUAUUUACUUUGUGUAGGCCAUUGGUUUUCAAAUGAUUCUGGAAACAUUCCACUCCUCAGAGCUGUCAAGACUUUCUCCCUUUCCAUUUCAGUUCCAAACGGGUGAAGGAGUUCCAGUAAUAUGAUGCCACAACUGUACAUAUCAGACUGCAGAGCAGACAGAUAAACGCCAUUAACACAUUUACUACAUCAUUGCCACAAGGGGGUAGUAGAACACAGCAAUAGGUUUUCCCUAAUUAAGUCAAAUCAGAGAUUCAAUGACUCUUUCACUACAAAAGAAUUGAAAAUUGAUUGCAAAAUACAAGCCAAAAAAGUCUAGUAGAAAAAAAUGAUCCAAUAUCACUUUAUUCAAAACCUCAAUUUGAAAGAUUACUUUUAAAAAUGUGUUUUUCAGUUCCCCAAAAUGUAUUAUUUAAUGAAUAACUCUGAGUUCAUUGAAGCCUUUCAUGCUGCAACAUCAUUGCAGCCCAUGCAUUAGAAAUAACACAAGAGCACUCAUCCACAUCCAUACGGCGACUGUAUUUGUCACGAAAAGAUCUUGGUACUGCUACACAGGACGUUUAGCCUGGCAUUAUUUAAAGAAGAGACUCAAGGCCCUAUAUGGCAACAUUCAGACAAAAUAGCAGAUCGCAAUAUAUCAAAGUGAAAGCAGAAAUAAUUAAUAUACGGUCGAUACACACGGUACCAUGCCAUUAAUUUAUUAUCUUACCUUAAAGUUAGAAUUAGAUCCUUCUAGCUGUUCUGGUGCAGCAUACAGACAUGUGCCUACUCUCUCUGUGCGAGUUGAUUCUAAAGAGAAAUGAAUAAAAAAUAAAGUGUUCCAUUCAGAUCAUGAAGUAUCUUUUUAAAUUGUCACGCACACAAACAAUCGUACAUUAACAUAUCAAUGGAAUGUUAAUAAACUGGACUGGUUUCAAGGUAACGCAUUAAAUCUUUCAACAGGGAUAAAAUGUAAUCACAUAGAGCGUUCUAGUUGCAGUGAUUUUGCAAUUGUCCAGACGUAUACUACAAUCUACCACACAAGCUGCAACCAAAACCUAUAAAAAGGUCCUACCCAUUCUACAGUCCAAAAGACGGGUCUCGUUGAUUUUUCACUGCUUGCAGGUAAUGUCAGUGAUGGUGCAAGGAACCUAAAAAGCAGAUAUAUCCAGCAGUGUUCAAAGAAACAUGUCUGGCCCGUGAUCCGCCAGAAUUUUCAACUUAAGACACUGCUUUUUUAGGUCAAUGUCCCCAACUAAGGUGAGCGAUUCUGCGUGGAGAGUUCUAAAAUGAUCUUGUAUUAUAUAUGGACUUGUUUGCCUUCUACCCCCAAAUAUUCUUGUUUUAAACAUGCCUAUAUAGACUUGGCACUGCAAGAUUACUUACCGCUGUCGCCAUCUUUCUGCAACCAGUGGUCUCUGGAAUGCUGUAGAAUAGCUCCACAGGCAAGUCCAAAAUCUCCAAUGCGUACAUGGAGAUCAGGGCCAUGUAGAAACACAUUUCUAGGCUGC